CUUAUUGUGAAGAAUUUGAAAUGCUUGCUGCUUUAAAUACGUAUAAGGUUUUGUUUUUUGAACAUAUUAGUUAUAUUGUUGUAGAAGACAAUGAUGAGUUUUUAGCAGAGGAUAAUAAAGCCAAUUGUCAUAUUAAGGUUCGAGCUAGAGAUGUAGUGAAGUUAAAAGAAAUUAGCGAUCCUGACAAUAUCUCAUUUGCAUUG